AUGUCUUGGGAUCGUGACGACUUAGAUAAGAAAGGCUUCUUCUUCGAUGACUCUAUCCGCAUUACGAUUCCGUGGGCCCCAUUCCCGCCCCACGUCGAAACCCUCAGACAGUCAAUGCUAGACUUCACAUGUCAAGACUUCGACGUAACUUCUGAAGAAGAUGCCGCCACGCAGCAUGAGGCUAAGAGAUACUCUGAAGGGUCACCGAAAGACUCACGCAGAGUUUCACGAUACAAGUAUUACUACGAUACGGUCGUAUUCGACACCGACGCUUUGUGGGAAACCUUCAAUGGAAAAGGUGACGAGGUCGACGAUUCAACAAUUCGCCGAUUCGAGACUGUGAAAUGCCCCAAACCCGACUACGCAUUCUAUCUUCCAAUGUACCAUCUUAGUACCAACUCCCAUAUACCUGGAAUUACCGACCACAGAGCCCGAGAGUGGCCCAAAGAACCAACGCCAUCCCUCGUUGAGUCAUUCUCAUGGUCUAACCUAAAGAUGCUUUAUAAGAACGGUCUUCGCUCUACUCCGUUUCGUGUCUUUAAUGAGGAGCCCCGCGAAAAGGAUCUCAAAUGUUAUCCGUGGCUUCUUGUUGAAUAUAAGAAGGAAAAGUAUACAAGUUUUGAACGUAACCGGUUAGAGGAGACCGUGUGUUGCCAGGCAGCCAACGGCAGCGCAAGUGCUAUCAAGCUGAACCAAAUUGCAGCAAGAUAUACCAUCGAGCUGCCCGAUGAGGCACAUGUUCCUCCGAUCCCAGUUGUAACCACAGUCGGACCCAAAGUCAAGGUUUGGAUAACAUACCUUGCCAGAGACUGUAUGGUACUCCAGCAGGGUAGAUAUCUUUGGUCUUCAAGAUGGGAGAAACGCAGUCAGGCUUAUAUGAUGAAAUGUGUCUGGAAAGGUGAUAUGACUAUUCCUCGAGAUAUUGUAAAGUUUCGGCUUAUCCUUGAAAAUUCGUAUACCUGGGCAGCACGAGUGUUCAAACCCUUGAUAACAACAUAUAUUGAUCAGUGGAGAUUUGUGCACUCUAGAAGUGGCUUGUACCCUACAAGCGCAAAUACCGCAUUGGCACGCCGCCAACAGGCUACGGAACUCUCAGGGAGUGCGCUCCCGCUGAUCCAAGGUGUUCUAGAUCGUCAGUCAAGCUUCGAACUUGACGAUAGUCUGCACCAUCGCCUUACACCGAUGCUGAUGGGCGUCCUCGUUCAACAGAUAUGUGCUGCAGAGCGUCAGACGCUUAAUCGAGAGAUGGAUCGCAUCGUUGCCGAGAAGGUUAGAGCUUUGACCUUGAAUGCUGGAACAUCUUCGUGUCCAUGCAGAUCCAACACAAGGACAGACACAACAGACGAACAGACCCAAGAACCAAGUCAAGCCACGACAAUCAGUGUCGAAGACCCUAAGGAUGAUGACUAUAUAGACUCCCAGCCUCGUAGGUCUGGGAGCGACGGAUCCACCUCCUCAACUCCGAUUGGAGGGUUACGACGAAGUACGCGAUUGAACCCGCAGGUGCCUUCUCUUUUUUCAAGCACGCCAUCUGGUCAGACACCUAGAACUCCUGAUUCAGGGUCAAGAGCAGGAAAGACACCCCUAUUUCCUUCGUUACCUAAGGCACCAGAGAGCCAGAGCAGCUAUUCGAGGUCAGUGGUCGAAAGUGAACCAGAAAGCGAGCCUGCAUGGAGCCUUCCAUCUGGAGAUGAAGAUACAAAUACUCUGGAUGGCGAGGUGACCCCUCUGCCUUCACCAUCGGCUACAUCUUCAACCAUAUUUACACCGACCGACAAUAGAUCUACGCGAAGCCCAGUGCCAAGCUUGUCACCACCAGGUCCAGCCCCAGCUCUGAGACCAGUGAGCCCGUCAUCUACGCCCCUGUCAACAGGCAUCUUUUUGUUUCGGGGUAUUCCACCAACAAAUUCAGCUGCUAAGUUCAAAUGCGGAGGAUGCGAAAUGGCAGGAAAUCUCUUUCACCCCUGUCCCGACGAGAAAUGUUCUUCCAGGGUAGACAGGGCGAAAUUGGGCGGAACUUGA